UCAACCAGCCUAAUUAACCAUGUACUCGUAUUUACAAAUACUAGUUUCGUUAAUAGUACUUGUGACAUGUUUGGGCAAAUCAUGUGCUAAAAAGAUGUCAGAUUGUGAAACUUUAUGUGGAAAUGUGACUAUACCAUUUCCUUUUGGUUCAGGUAGUGAGCAUUGCUACCUCAAUCCGUAUUUUCAAGUAACUUGUGACCGACAACGCGUACAUGAUCAAGUUCAGCAUAUACUUUUCUAUGGAACUAUCACUACCAAUAUACAUAUUACAGAUAUUUCGUUAAGUACUGGCGAGAUGGAGAUUAAUAAGUUAAUAUCAUAUGAUUGCUACAAUGCCUCUGGUCAAUCUAAAGGAUUCAAUGGACGUUUGACGUUGAAUAAUUUCAGAAUCUCAACCAAGAACAGGCUCGUUGCCAUUGGGUGUGACACAUAUGCGUAUAUGGAAGGAACAAGAGGGAACGAGUCCAUUGGUAGUGGAUGCAUAACUACAUGUGAUAGUACGAACACAAUCACAAAUGGAUCUUGCUCUGGAGUUGGGUGCUGCGAAAUAACAAUCCCCGAAGGAAUGAGUUAUUUUGAAGUGUCACUAAGUAGCUACGAUCAUCACAAAGAUAUAUUGGGCUUCGACCCUUGCAGCUAUGCUUUUGUCAUUCGGGAAGACAAGUUCAACUUUUCUUCCAACUUACUGCGUGAUUUGGAAACCGUAGAAAGAAUGCCGAUGUUACUUGACUGGGCAAUUGGAAACUUGACUUGUGACAAGGCAAAUGAAGAAAACAGUACUAAUUUCUUAUGCAAGGGAAAAAGCACAUGUGAUAAAAAUUAUCGCGGUCCUGGAUAUCGCUGCCAAUGCCUUGAAGGGUAUGAAGGCAACCCUUAUGUCACAGAUGGUUGCACGAAUAUCAACGAGUGUGAUCGCGGGAUCCAUGAUUGCGUACAUGACUGCAUUGAUACUGAAGGAAGCUUUAACUGUUCUUGUGGUAAAGGUGAAGGUGGAACAGGUUGCACUAAAGAUCAGUCAUUGUUAAAUAUUGUCAUUACAGGUACCUUGGUCGCUGUCAUACUUUCGUUUGUGCUUAUCAGCUGGGUGUAUUUUAGAUUCAAGAACCAUAAGGAUAUGAUGCUUAGAGAAAAAUUCUUUAGGCAAAAUGGUGGAAUUAUGUUGCAGCAACGUAUUCGUAAGGAAGGGAAUUCUCAUGGCCAGGUGGAGGUAAUCUUCACCAUGGAGGAGCUUAAGAGGGCAACGGAUAACUAUGAUGAAAGCAAGAUUAUCGGCAAGGGUGGUUAUGGUACAGUUUAUAAAGGAGUUUUGUCUGAUAACAGAAUAGUUGCCAUAAAGAAGUCCAAAUUAGCAGAUCAAACCCGAAGCCAAAUAGAUGAAUUUAUCAAUGAAGUUGUUAUCCUUUCCCAAAUCAAUCAUAGGAAUGUGGUUAAGCUGAUAGGAUGUUGUUUGGAAACUGAAGUCCCUUUAUUGGUUUACGAGUUCAUUCCAAAUGGUACUCUGUCUGAUCACAUCCAUAAAGAAAGCAAGUCAAUGGCUCUUACUUGGGACAUCCGGCUGAGAAUAGCAACAGGGACUGCUGGAGCGCUUUCGUAUUUACACUGUGCAGCGUCUGUCCCAAUCAUCCAUCGAGAUAUCAAGCCCACUAAUAUACUAUUGGAUGACAAUUAUGUAGCAAAAGUGGCUGAUUUUGGAGCAUCUAAACUAAUUCCCGUGGAUCAGAUUGAGUUGGAAACACUGGUCAGGGGAACACUGGGUUACUUAGAUCCUGAGUACUUGCAGACGAAUCAACUGAUUGAAAAGAGUGAUGUUUAUAGUUUCGGGGUGGUACUAGUGGAACUUUUAACUGGAAGGAAAGCUCUUAGCUUUAAUAAGCCAGAAGAAGAAAGGAGCGUAGCCAAGUAUUUUCUAUCUUCUUUAGAAGAUGGGAGGCUCUUUCAGGUUCUAGAUGAACACUUGCAGCUAAAAGAACUUCCCAACGAAAUAAUGCAAGUAUCAAGACUUGCAGAAAGAUGCUUACGCGUUAAAGGGAUUGAAAGGCCUACGAUGAAGGAAGUCACAAUGGAACUGGAAGGAAUAAUGGCAUCAAUGAUACAAAAGCAUCCAUGGUUGCAGAGUAGUGCAAAAGAAGAGGAAGGUGAGCAUUUGCUUAAGCAAUCAGCUGGCAACUACAUAUUCACAGAUGGGGCCAGCGGAAGCUCAGGUACUUUUGAUAGCAUAUGCAGGGAAAUCUCCUUAUCCAUUCCUAGUGGCAGGUGAGGGUAGAGAUCGAGUUGUAUCUUCUAUAUAUAUUACAAGGCAAAGAAUUAAUUCCAGUGUGCUCUCCUGAUCACAAGCUUUUAUUAUAGUUUCGAAUGAUAAAACUAAAAACUUCAUAUUACCAUAUCGAUUCACAAGAAUUCCUGAACAUGACUAGCGUUGUAAUAUGCUCUCAACAAUCACGCUUGCUACUACAUAUUGAUUCGAUUUUUUUGAACUCGGCUGGUAAUUAAUUAGUUUGUAUUGUUUUGAUAAUAAAAUUUUAGCGGUAAUUGCAUUAGGUUUGAGUUUCUUAUAUAUAUGCUCGAAAUUAGCAACUAUUCAUCUGUUCUUGAUAAUAGGUGCGUAAGAAGUGCUUGAUGAAAUGUCAAGCUGAGAUAUCAUGUGUUUUUAAUGUUAUUUUAUAAUCGACCCAUAUUAUAGAUGCGUGUUUUUGGAGAUGUAUUUGUGUGUUUCGUACUAUUUGGGGUUGAUAGUUUGAGAUUGAGUUUAUUGU